CUAUCAUGUGAGGGAGAGGGGCCACUCGCGUCUUGCCUUUAUCACUUGCUCUGCCAUGCACCAAAUCAACGCCGCCACCGCUACCACACCUCAGGCGAAGAGUCCGCUUCCUCCAAGACUUGUCCAUCCCAACUUGACCUUCUGCCUUGACUCCGUCAUGGCACGCUUAUUUCGUGAUUCCAGCCAUCUUCUUCAUUCUAAACUACCUUCAUUGUCCUUGCCUACUCCUGCUUUGCCAACAGCGUCGCUGGUUUGAACGUCGCAGUCGAUGCGCCAACGACGUCGCACGCUUGCUUCUAUCGUGUGACACAGUCAAAGCCCCCCUCGUCCUCAACCUCAACUUCACCCCCGAACCGCUGCCAGAUUCGACGGCUGAAUGCAUUGGUCGACCACCAGGCAAGAUCGACACGCGAACGCUCGAGUAGUCCUCUCUGCACGGAAAGUCGUCCCCAUGGCAGUUGCGCUCAGGUUGCGAAGCCCUCCGCCUUGACAAAUUCUCCCAUGAACCUCGACCCGGCCUGUCACAACUCCCACAUCUCAAGGCCUUGGAGUCUCUUGUAACAAUGGCGAGUCUGAACAACCUGCAGACCCGCAUGUACCACGGCGAUCCUCCGGCGCUGCAGACCAAGGUGGAUGUGAAUCCAACUCUGAUUGUGUCAUGGUGGUGUACGCUAUUUGCCAUGACCGCCAUCGGCAUCCGCUUAUUUGGUCGUUGGAUUCGAACGGAAAAGCUCUUCAUCGAAGACAAGAUCAUGUUCUACAGUGUCAUCCCGUUGAUCAUUCGCCAGGCUUUGAUUCAUGUGGUACUAAUUUGGGGCACCAAUAACACCGACAUCGCUACCUUGACACCCCUCGAAAUCAGACAUCGUGAAAUCGGAAGCAAGUUGGUUCUUGCCGCUCGAAUCUUCUACGCUGCAUACAUCUGGGUGGCUAAAUUCACCGUCCUCGAAUUUCUCAAACGCCUGAUUGGGAAAUCGUGGGCCAAAUCAUACGAACAAGGCCUGCGUGUCAUUUAUGGCUUUUUAAUCAUUACAUAUAUUGGUGUUGUGGUCGGCACUUUGUCUGAAUGCCAGCCUUUCGACCAUUAUUGGCAGGUUGUACCAGAUCCCGGACCCCAGUGCCGAGAAGGACUCGUACAAUUGAUUGUCAUGGGAGUCUGUGACAUGGUGACUGAUGUCGUCCUGAUUGUCUUCCCCAUCCCGUUGGUCUGGCAGUCGUCAAUGCCUUUGUCCAAGAAGAUAUCCCUUGUCUGUCUCUUCCUACUCUCUCUUAUCCUGAUCGCCAUCACUGCUUACCGUAUCCCUUCAACCAUAUCACGUCGAUCAUCACAACAAUACCGAUCACUACUCGCAUCCCUCGAGAUUCUCGCUGCUGCCGGAGUGUCCAACGCCAUUGUCAUCGGCAGUUUUAUCCGAGACAAAGGUGUGAAAAAGGCCAAAUUCAGAGCGGGUUCUUUCAACAAUGACGACGCCAGUUCUCUCGGACGCCAGCCCACUCGCACACGCACUCGAUCCAUGACUCACCAUCACUGGGGAUCUGACGAAGAUUUGGCCCGAGGAGUUGGCGUGUCUCUUCCACCCACCUUGCGUCAUGGCUCAACUUUUAAUAUGCGGCCAGCAGAGAUGGCACCUCCGAAUGACUAUUAUCAAGACAUUGAUCUCGAAGCUGCUAGGCGCGACGAACAUCGAGGAAGCAUCACUACAAACUGGAAUUUUGCCGAAGCAUCGCGGCGAGACCGGCGAGACCGGCGACACUCGAUGGAGUCGAACAGCAGCAGUUCGACGAAUAUCAAACUGCGGGAUGUCAAAACCUCUUUCCAAAAAGACCCCACGAGUUCCGAUUUAGACCACACCGAACCUGACACUCCAAGUAAGAUGGGCUUCUUUGAUGUUGGAGGCCUUGUCAAUCGACCCACCGAUUCCUCAAGCCUACGAUCACGACAAGCAUCUUUUCAGGAAUCCACGCGCCGUUUGUCGAACAAUCUGCAAACCCAAUCUCAUACUUCCGGACGAUCGGGUUCUAAAGCCUUUCUGGCCGAUAUUGGCGGUCUACUCACCCGCCACAUUCGAGAAGAGGAAGAUAACAUGUCGGCUUCGUCAAAAAGUGCUAGGAUGAGCAGCCCGGCUCGUUCACCGAUGAGACUGGGAGACAAUCGGCGAGAUUCGAAAAAACGUCGUCUACCAAGCCAUCAGGAAGAUGAGGAGCCCAUCAUCAAACCCAAAGGUCCGGACGAUCUGAGCUUUGGUGAUGUUGGAGGUUUGUUGAAAUGAUAUCAGCUCACGCCGUUAUGAAUAUUCAGCCUGCAGUCGGCAGCAAUCCCAUCUUGAACAGUCCCCCGACAUGGCACCCUCCCAUCGAACCCAACGGCAAGAAAUCACCAAAUAAUGUUUACCUACGAUGCAUGCCAGACACAGCAGUAUCGAACAGAUGGGCUCACUGAGCACAUCUUGACGACAUUUCCAACGAACCAAUCAACUUACCACCUGAGCCUACCACUCAUCCCACGACAACCUACCUACCCACCUACCAAUUCGACCUCUUACCAUCGAUCUUCUAGUACGAUACCAAUUUCCAUGAAUGAGCAUUUUUCAGCGACGGCGCUGGCGGAGUUUUAACUGUUGGAUACACUACCAUUGUGGAAAGUUGUUUUCCUUGGCGUGUCUUUUGCUUCUGUUUUGUUUUUUUAACUUGACAAUCCGGAUUGAAAUAUCCGGAGAUGAUGUUGCUUGAUACAUAUAUUACCUAUUUUGAUGCAGUUACGGCCACGGCCAUGAUUAUGGCCAGAUCUGACGCUGUUUGUGAAAGAGAAGGGAAGGAUGAGAAAGGGAGGGACAAGAACGCAAUGAUGAUAUGAAGCAAGCAAGGAAGGAAACUCGAGAUCAAAAGAUGUAUCCAAGUGAAAGAAAAAUCGUAUGGUUUGGACGAAACCAAGGAAUGAAAGUCUACUCAGGUAGUCUUAGUGCAAUCAAUGUUUAGUGCCAGUCUGAGAUUGAGUGUCUGUCUUUCUG